AUGGCCGAAGAACCAGGAAAAGUGAAGAAAAAUUCGCAGGAUUUGCUGACAUGCGGAAACGGAGUAGGUUUCCACGAAAAACUUGUUUUGAAGUCCCAAGUAGCAAAUGGAGCUUCUUCCCUUCAAACUACCAAACUGCCGAGAAGUAAUGUCUUGGACAGGCUUCAAAGAUUCCUGCCCCAGAUUGCCCAGGCCAACGAGUCUUUGAGGCAGCAGAUGGAGUCGGCUCCUGCUGGACACUUUGACAUUGAGUGCGUGGAGGAGACCGGGAAAGUCAUCGAGAUGGAUGUGGCUCUGGUCGAGAUGGAAGACUCUGGCAGUGACACUGAAGAAGUGGAAGACAGUUCAGAGGAAGAAGAUGAUGAAAUCACAGUGGAGACCCUUAAGCUUCCUGGAAACAAGAAAAGGAAAGCCAACAUUCAAGUAGUAAAGAGUGAGGGAGUUUGAAAGAGAGAACAUGCCCCCCUACAAACCUGCAGGGUAAUGGACUUGGGACCCUUUAAACCCUUUACAAACAUCAAGAAGUCAGACAUCACUUCUGAACAAACCCCUCACAGAGCGGGUGGCGCUCUGAUCCUGAUUUUGUCAGCCAAGAGCUAUCCUCUAACAGCUGGCCUGAUGGUAGCUAACGUUUAGUAUGACUGUAUUUCUUACAAAACUCACUCUCUGUUCAGUUUUGUUUGAGCAUAUCCUACAAAGUUUGUCUCCACAUGAAAUACAAAUUGAGACCUGUGUGGACGCUCCUGGAUUUCUGGGAUACUCUUCCAGUGAAAGAAACUGAGAACAUUGUACGGAAAGAACGUAAAGUCAGGAUGUGCUCAGGUCUAACACACUAUUGUGAGGAUAUUUGAAAUGAUGUUGGACUUAUGGGUGCAUGACAUGUACUGUCAUUACGCCAACA